AUGUUCUUCCAUCUAUGGAUCCUAAUGCUGGGCUGCCGGCUCAUCUGUGGCACGCCAGCACCAUCAAACGAUAUUCCAGAGGAAACGCCAGCACCACAGAUGACACAGAAUCCAGAGGACUCAACAACUCUCUCCAAUGAACCAGUGCAACCUCCAGAGAAAGUCAAUGUGGCACAGCCUGUGAUCAGCAUCAGUGAGAGAGUCAUGGUCAAGCCUCGUGAGAAGAAGGACCUUGGCACAUUAGGUUAUGUCCUUGGGAUCCUAAUGGUGGUGAUAAUUAUAGCCAUUGGCAGUGGCAUUGUGGUUGGAUACGUAUACAAGAGGGGUAGAGAUCUGAAAAAGCAGCAUGAGCAGCAAUUGGAAGAAAGGCGGCAACAGAGGAUCAACUUACCGCUCUCUGCUUUCUUGAAUCCAACAUGUGACAUUAUAGACGAGAACCCAACAGAGGUAUCCUCCAAUCACACCCCCAAUACAAUACAAGAGGGUGUUGUACCCCUAAUAAGCAGUGCUGGUACCCCAGGAGCAUGA